GCCCACCCCCACCCCUCCCCAUCCAACAUGGCAUUCGGCCCACACGAGGCUGAGGCCAUCGGAUGGAAGAUCGGCGCCUUCCUGUACGAGCCCCCCGCUGCUGUGGCCGCCAUCGACCAGUAUCUCAUCGGCGAGUCGGUGCUGAGGCGCCGCGUGACGGCGGCCGUCACCCACUUCGUCAAGUCGGCGGCCACACAGACGAGCAGCAACAGGCAGGUGGUGGGCGGGACGCGAUACCGGCAGCAGGGCGACAGGCGCGUCAAGGUGACCGUGCCGUCGCUGCAGUGCUUCGCCGUGAGUGGCAGUGGCGGGCAGGUGGUGCUGACGGGUGUGGGUGAGGUGGUGCACCGGGCCCGGCUGGACGAGGCGGCCAGCUGUGGUGUGGAUGGAGUGGUCAAGGGCUUCAACGAGCAUCUGGGCGAUCAGGACUGCCAGUUCGAGUGGAGCCAGCUGGGCCGCAUCGACAAGGGAACCGGGAUGUUCGUGCCGCUGGGCAUCGAGUGAGUGAGAGAGGGAGAGGAACUGGCGGGUGGUGGAGUGAGUGGUUGGACGGAGGAUGGGG